AUGGACACACUCGAGAGGCUACCUCGCCGCAGCAAGAAGCGCGACAGAGACGACGCGUCCGACACAGCUCUCUUUCCAAGCCCGAAACGCGUCAAUCACAGCGCAGAUCGACCUCAAAGCCAUGCGAACACGCAUUCAAUCGCGAAAGAGUCUGUAGAUUCCCCAACAAGAUCACUAUCGCCUGACGGAGGCGUUGCUGUUGAUGAAGAAUCUCUUGCCAAAUUUCGCGGCUAUUGCCACAUCGUGCUCAGUGACAAAAGCUCUCGCGACGAUCGCCCAUCUCAAGGAAGACUGAAUGGAUCAAAGCAAGUCGUCAAGCUUCUCCAGCGACGCAAAGAUCCUUCUCAACCUCAUGCUAGCCAUCAUUCUGGCCCCGAUCACCAACAUAUCACCAACAACAACCAGAGAGCAGUUUCGCCCUAUGCUUCGUCGUUGCCUGCGUUCAGUCACAAUAGAAGCACUCAUGUGACUGAGCCUGGCUUGUCGUCAGUUGUCUAUCAACCGUUCAGACUACAAUUUGCGCAACCCCUAGAAUCUGUGGUGCUGAACCCUAGAAUCGACAUGGCCGUCGAGGGUGGUAAACUAUACCUGGCUCAGACCCUACAUCACUACUAUCGUAAACAUAUCCGCUGUCCUCAACACGGUUUUAUCGACGAAAAACCUGGUCACAAUCGCGCGGUAAGGAAAGCGCAUGAAACCGGCCGAUUACAUCGUAUGUGGUUCUGUACAUCACAGCCGAAGGGAGGAGGCCAUCGUCUCGACAACACCGAUUGCAUUGAGAUCGCGAAAGAACAACUGGGCCAGGCGUUGUUUGAUCGAAUCCUUUAUGAGCUCAUCCGCCAGCUCCGCGAGAAAGACUGUCAACCAGUUGGAUGCAACCGCUCGCCUCAGUCUGACAAUUUUGACUACUUUGCUUUAUUGCAAUACGUCGACACCCAAGGCCUCGAUNAUGGCUGUGUUCAAUAA